AGCAAGUAUGUAAAACUCUCACAUGAAUUUAACACAAGACUUCUCAAAAGCAAAACUCUAUAAGAGUGGAGACACCCAAACUAGGUCAUUUCUCAUCUGUUGGCACAGCAGGUGUUAUUCUGAUGCUUAAUUUCAAUGUCUCCUUUGAUUUAGUUCUGAAGAGCUUUGACAGAAUUAGAAAGUGCAAUGGGAAAUACUGUGAAAACGCCAAGAGCCUCUGAAGAAACAAACGUGCCGAGCCAAAUGGGUCAGGAGAGUGAUUUCCUUGCUGUCCUCUAUGACUAUCCCUCAGCAGAUAUAAGCCAACCUAUAUUUCAUGUAGGGGAAAAACUACGUGUGCUAUCAGAUGAAGGAGGCUGGUGGAGAGUCCAUUCCCUUACAACAGGUAGAGAAAACUAUAUUCCAGGAAAAUAUGUAGCAAAGGUUUACCAUGGCUGGUUAUUUGAAGGACUGGGAAGAGAAAAAGCAGAGGAACUUCUACAGCUACCCAACACCAAGGUCGGCUCCUUCAUGAUCAGAGAGAGUGAAACUAGGAAAGGGUUAUAUUCCUUGUCGGUGCGGCACAGGCAAGUGAAACAUUACAGGAUCUUCCGCCUUCCAAAUAACUGGUAUUACAUCUCUCCACGGCAAACCUUUCAGUGCCUUGAAGACCUUGUGAAUCACUACUCAGAAGUUGCUGAUGGUCUCUGCUGUGUCCUUACAACACCUUGUCUUACCCAGUGCACUAACAACAACAGCAUAACGAAUCAAGUUCCUCCUGUGGUGAUGCGGAAUAAAAACUUCAACUGGAGAAACAUUCACAGGCUGGAGGUGACUGAAGGUACUGAAAGCACCCUGGCAGCAAUAGAUGAUUCUUGUCUCAGCUAUGGCCUGAGGGAAAGUAUUACUUCCUACCUCUCCUUAACACGGGGUGACGACGCUUCUUUUGCAAGUGCCAGAAAGAAGAAAGCCCAAUCUCUUAUAUACACAGGGAGCAAACGUAAGAGUACCCUUCACUUGCCACCUACAUACUAUGAAGACUAAACGUAAGACAACCAAGGGAAAACUAGGGGUUGGAAAACCCAGGUUAGAAGAGAAACCCAGAGCAUCCUAUGGUCAUGCAGUCCUUCGACAGCUGAGGGAUACAAGCACACCAACUGAUGAUCAAAUGCUGGCAAUGCUUCUGCAUUUCUUCUUCUGAAUGUUAACCAGAGACCUUAUUAAGGGUGGUCUCAGCCAUGGCAUAUGCUGGGAACAUCCCCAGUACACCUGAAAUUAGAACCUGCUCACAAGCAGGAUAAACUGAUAGACUCUAAGUCAAGA